ACGGCGGCAUCACGUCAAGCCGCGCUCGGCCCGUGCCGACCGCCAGUGCCACGCCGUGCCUUCUCCACUACACCCGUGCCUUACUACCGCGCCAACGACAACACUUUGUUGUUCAGUCUAUACGCUUCAAAUAACUCGUGUUAUAUUGAUUUGUAAUUUCGAUUUUCAGUAAAUAUACCGGUAGAACAUUUUGAUGAAAUGUGAACGUAUCCGCCUCUCGGCCUUGACGUUUCGCGCGCAAAGUUUUGUUUGUAAACAAACGAGCCCGUUGUGUGUGGGAGCGCAGGGCGAGCUGUAGUGUGCCAUGUGAUGUGAGUGCGUGCCAGGGGGAGGAGGAUGGCCAGGUCGCCGCGCCGGGGAGCCCGCGCCAGCGCCCGCGGCGCCGCACGCGACGUCCGCGAGGGCCGCGAGAUCGCGCGCCUCAGGACACAGCUAAACGGAAAAGGCUCGAUCCAGACCAAUGGUGAUUGGAUGACGAUCUCGGCCCGCUCUCCAGACAAGGAGUCUUCGCCACCGGAGCAAAUCAACCUCGCCGAGCCGCUGGUGGAGUCAGUGCGCAUUUAUCUCGCCCAUGAGCUUCCGCCAAAGCAGUUAGCGCCGACGGGCGCUCCGCCCACCGCCUGCCAUGCGGACAUAGGCAACGACACAGCGCGCGACGACAUCCGCGGAAUCAACUUCGAGCCCCGUCUGCAGCGCAACGGCAAUGACGUGAACAACAACGCGUCGCGCCGAGCCAUGCCCAGCCAAGCCGAGCUGAUGCAGCGCCAACCGCUGCUGGCGCGCGCCGCUAAGCCAGACGCGCCGCAGCCCACCACCGAUGACUCCGACCCUGACCAGGAUCAUUCGCCGCAGCGUACUCACGCCACCGAUUUUGUUGUUGAAAUUCCGCCCGGCGCUGUACGCGAGGAACGCUACCCGAAGGAGAUAUGGAAGACGAUAAUCUCCUUCUUUUUCCUCUUUAUGUGUGUCUGCAUUAAUAUGAUGUCAUUGUCUCUCGUCCACGAGCGACUCCCCGAUAGAAAUACCACCGCGCCCCUCGGGGACAUCAUCCUCGACAACAUAACCGCGAGAGAUUGGGGCCUGGCCGUGUCAGAAUAUCUCAUCAUGAUAUCGACGACGGUCGCGAUGAUGGUGGUCGUAUUCCACAAGCACCGGUUCAUCGUGGCACGCCGCAUGUUCUUCAUAAUCGGCUUGCUGUACCUGUACCGCUCGGUCACCAUGUUCGUGACCGUCCUGCCGGUCUCCAGCACGACCUACUACUGCAGCCCAAAGAGCAAUAACACGACGCCGCUGCUCGUUAUUAGAAGAAUGUUUUACCUCAUAUCCGGCUUCGGAUUAUCUAUUAAUGGGAAGCACACGUACUGUGGGGAUUACAUAUACUCGGGGCACACAAUGGUGCUAGUAUUGAGUUAUUUAAUAGUAGCAGAAUACUCGCCGAAGAAAUUGUGGCCUGUGCAUUGGGCCAUGUGGGGCUCGGCAAUUCUCGGUGUCUCGUUUGUUUUGCUAGCGCACGGCCACUAUACCGUGGACGUGGUGAUCGCGUACUACGUUACGACGCGGCUGUUCUGGACGUUUCACUCGAUGCUGGUGACACCGUACCGGAGCGGUGGCUACAACCAAUACAUGAUACAGCGCGAGUGGUGGUACUGGCUGUUCACGUACCUGGAGAGGAACGUGCGCGGCCCGGUGCCUCGCCGGUACGACUGGCCGCUGCCGUGGCCGCGCACCAAGCUCUUCAGCCGACUUAGCUAGUGACGCGCUCGCGCCGCGCCGCCGCCGGAGCGGGUAUGACCCUCACCUUUUGCGAAUGACGCUUCAGCACCUGCAGCUCCUUCGGGCUGGUGCGCGUGCAGAUCGCCAACGUGAGCGUGUAGUCGAACUGGUGCACGAUC